AUGAACGCUUACUCCUUCCUCCGUUUCGAUCGAAUGAAGGUCCAGCCACCGACACAGACCAACUCCGUGAAGAACUUCCCACCAGACGUAGUCAGGCAGGAUGCCGAGAGUACGCGUAUCGUGGUGCACACCCGAUAUCCGCGGCUGGUCGACGAGUUUUUACAGUACAAGCGCGCUCACGGCUCUUCACACGAGAAGCAACUCUAUGGAACCUCCGCAAAAGACUUCACAUGGCAGGACGAGGUCAGCAGACUGAUCUCCAAACGUCCGCUCGUGUUCAUGGGACGGGAUGAUUUCACCAUUCUCCGGGACGGCACCAGGAUGACUGGGGACUGCACUGCCGAAUGGGACCGCAACGGGAUGGAAGUCCAACAUCUGAACCGAUACCUCACCAUUGACGAGUAUCUCAGUUAUGACGAGAUUAUGUUAGGCUCGCUGCUCGGCGUGAGCGGUCCUUCAUACUUUAUCAACGAUGGAAACCGCUACAACCGCGGACGACCGGGUGCGCCAGGCACGUUCGAGCAACGUGGUAUCAUCGUUGGCCUCGUGGGCGCACGUUUUGAACGUCCUGAUCGUAUGGACAGCGCGUUCAUACUCCGGUCAACAGGGCAUGCUCGCAUGGAGUCUGAGCCUCGCCUACUCUUCGAGGACUUCCUGGGCGUACGAAGAAUUCCCGGUAACCUAGACUUCGAUGAAAGUUUGUACAAAGCGAGAAUGCGCAUAACGAUUGACGUCCUGCUUCUGGAGGCAAACGCACGGGCCAAAGAAGCGGACAAGAAUGCCUAUGUCUAUGUUGUAGGCCUCGGACUUGGAGUGUGGGAGGUUAACCAGAGACAAGCGGAGUAUUACGUCGAAGCCUUCGCCACCGCGCUGUCCAAGCUGGAGCUCGCACACGUGGGCACGCUGGAGUUUGCCUGGAUUGGAGUUACGAACGAAUGCCAACAGCUGAUCAGGAAUGUUGCGGAAUCCCGCAGUAUCAGAGUUACUUUCAGCAAGCGCAACCCCGCCGAAAAGUUACAAAUUGAUGAGCUGCUCGUGUUGUCAUAUGCUUGGGAUGGCAAUGCGUUUCCGGGGAACGAGUACUGGGCGGGCUCGCUUGCGGGCAGCGGCGAUCCGGCGGCAGCUUGCAUGAGUACAAUAGCAGAGCUGCACAAUCCGCUCGUUAAUCCGCUGUUUUUGAACCGCAUACGGGUGCUCGGUGCUGUAUGA